AUGGAGAGCGGGAGAGCGGGAGUCGGGGAGCUGGGGCUGUCCGGUGGUAGGGGGCAGUCUACCCUGAGACUUCAGCAGGGUCUCCUGCAUGGUCUCUGUAAAGAGGAAGAGACUGAUCUGGAGCCUGUCCACAUUAAAGAAGAGGCUGAACUGGAGCCUGUCCACAUUAAAGAAAUAGCGAUUUACCCAGAGCCUGUCCACACAAAAGAGGAGUCUAUUGACUUGUUUAAGGAUUCAAAAAACAUACGCCGUACGAAGAUAGCACAUCAAUGUACUGAAUGUGGAAAGAGCUUCAGUAAGUUAGGAAACCUAAAAACACACCAGCGAAUUCACACUGGAGAGAAGCCAUAUCACUGUUCUAAAUGUGGGAAGAGCUUCAGUAAGUUAGGAAGCCUAAAAAGACACCAGCGAAUUCACACUGGAGAGAGGCCAUAUCACUGUUCUGAAUGUGGCAAAAGCUUCAUUGAGACAGGAAGCCUAAAAACGCAUCAGCGAAUUCACACUGGAGAGAAGCCGUAUCUCUGUAAUGAAUGUGGGGUGAGCUUCACUGUGUCAAGAAGUCUAAAAACCCACCAGCGAAUUCACACUGGAGAGAAGCCGUAUCAUUGUACCGAGUGUGGGGAGAGCUUCAGUCAGUUAGGAAGCCUAAAAUCACACCAGCGAAUUCACACUGGAGAGAAGCCAUAUCACUGUUCUGAAUGUGGGGAGAGUUUCAGUCAGUUAGGCAACCUAAAAGCACACCAGCGAAUUCACACUGGAGAAAAGCCUUAUCACUGUUCUGAAUGUGGAAAUAGCUUCAGACAGUCAAAUACCCUAAAAAGACACCAGCAAAUACACUGGAGCCAGUCUCCCUCCCUCCCAGUACCACACGUCUCUAUAAUGCUUGUUUAAAUGUGUGGAGAGCUGGCUGAUUUUCACUCUCACUCUCUCAUAUAAAGGGGUCCCCAGGAGUGAGAGCCAGCCUGAAUCCAAGACACUGGGAUUCAGCUCCACUCCUGCCCCUGAAUUGGAAAUGAAUCUCACUCAUCCUACUGUGAGGAUUUAGGACAGAAUUACAGGUCAUUCUACUGAGAAGGGACACAUUGGAAGUAUAUGCCAAGCUUUUUAUGUGAACACUUACAUGUGUGAUACCAAGCUAAACACAUUAAACAAAGCUGCCAAUAUACAUUUUUAAAAUGCAAUUGGAGCUGUAUAUGGCAUUACUGUACCAAUGUUAGUGUGUACAGUAUAUGAUACAGACAUGAAUUGUUUAAAAUUAACUAAAACUAAGAAUAUCUUCAUGGGUGUGGCAGCAAUGUGUGCUUCAUCUAACUAGAGUGGACUCUAAGGUGUUGCACCAGUGCAGACAAAAGCAGAAAGCAGUCUUGUGUUUUUAAUUCUUUGUUUUACUUCAAGUGGUGCAAACUUUGCGCUGGAGAAAAUGCUGUUUUGGGUUUGAAUGAAUGAAUCUGUUUUAAAUACUGAGAAAUCCUGUAUACUGGAGCCCUGCUCCAGUGCAGUGGGAUUGAAAUGCAAUUCCUAUCAUUAUUUUAAUGGGUAGAUUGCUAUGUGCAAUUAUCAUGACAGCCCCGCAAUAGCAGAGCUGUAUAAAUAUACUGUAAAACAUGAAAGGGUUGCAAGCAAACAUUUCUCGGAUUUUGCAAACCAUACUUGCUGCAACAUUCCCAUUAGUACUACAUUCAUAGUUUUGUACUGUUUGUGAAUAAUUGAUUCACAAACAGUAUGAACAAUCUGUUUUACAGUAACAAAGCUGGACUCGCCAUUAGCUUUUUUAAAUCCUUUUGGGCAAACUAUGGCCUGUUUUCUUGUAUUUUGUAUCAGUAUGCUGUUACUAGUGACAAUACAGUACCUCCUAAGGCAAGCUUAACUAUUUAGAAAGGAUUUCAUUGAGUUUCAGUUCCUGUAAGUUUUCCAGUAUCUCUGUAUAUAAAGGGUGGGUGAGAAAUUUGUAGUUGUAAUUGAACGUAUUUGUAAAAUGACAUUUCACAUCUGAAACUGUGAGACUUCAGAUGCUGUGAUGUUAAGUUUGUCUUGCCCUGUCCUUCCUUCCUCUUAACAUUCUCUAGAUCUGCUUCAGAGGACUAGAUAUUAGUAACAGAGGGGUUGUAAAGAUUUCCAUUGCAGAAUAGUUUAGAUUACCUGCUGUGCUGACCUGCCAGUCUGGUAUCAACAAACAGAGCUGAUUCUUACAUUUUAAUUAAGAAUAAUACACAAUUUUCUUCAUGUAAAGGGUUAAGAAGUGUGACACCUGGUGGAUAUGAGGUGCCAUUACUCUCUCCCAUGAAAUUAAUUGUUGCAUUUAAGUGAAUAGAAAUUCCUAAUUUCCUUAUUCUAAAAGUGAAUUGAAAAACAAACCUUUGAGGGUAUACUAUUAACUUGUUUAACAAUGUGAGGGUUUUAGAUUUACUGAAACUACUAGAUUGAAAUGUAGCAAGUAAAACAACUGAAAAAUUGGUUUUAGAAUUAUUUUAAUAACUAAUCUUGCUGAUGAUGUUUGAGCUGUUUAAGUAGGCGUCCAAGUAAAAUGUAAAUGCGUUUUAAUAAUAAUAAAUAAUAAAAAAUAGUUAUUAAAUGAUUUUACUAAAUCUACUGCAUAACAUAUUUAACAUGCUUGUAAUGUUUAGUUAUGUUUAGUUAGGAGAAAGAAACUGUUUUUUUUUUAUCCUUCUAUGAUCAAUAUAACUGAAGGUAGAACAUAAUUAAGUUUUGUUCUAUAAAUGUUCAAUAUCUCUGCAUGGAGGAUGCCAAGCUGCCUGUGUUAAUGAUGCACUUUGCUUGUGUAAAGGUAAACAUAAUUUACUUCAUCAAACUGAUUUUGGUCAGGGGUUAGCUUCCUAUUUUACCUGGAAAUGAUUGGAUCACCAAAGUAAACUCUUCUUUGGGCGAUAUAUUUAAAUAAAAACAAGCGUGAACUUGU